AUGAUCCUAUUAAUACAAGAGUAAAGGUAUAUUUUUAUUUCCUCAUAAAAAUUCAGAACCCCAGAGGAAGUUCAGGUUCACAGGAAAAUUGCAAAGAUCAUGAUUGCAUUUGGAAACAUCGAGCACUCAUGCUAGAAACCAAGCAGCGAUAGCAUCUUAUCAUUGUUUCAGAAGACCUAAGACUCAAACUUUGAAAUCUUGAAAUUGAGAGCAUAAUUACAGCUGCAGGAUGAAAAAAUAAAAGAGCUCUAGCAAGUGGUUAUGAAUCAACAGCAGCAAUCAGUAAUCCAAAUGAAUUAAAAUGCAUUUAAUGUCAUGAAUAAUACAAAUCAAAUGCAGCUCCUUCAAAAUACUCUAAUGAGCUAAUCUUACUUAAGUGUUCCGUAGGAAAGGAAGUCUUAAAUGACUCCAAUGAUUAAUUAAGCGCCAAUUUACUUCCAAAAUUAACUUCCCUAGAUUGCUAUGAGUCCGUUGACUGCCUCGAUUUCUCCUGCAUUUCAAAGAAUGCUUAGAGUUUCAGAUCUAUCAAAUGUAAGUGGAAAUCAAAAUAACAACCUAAGGCUGACUCCAGAUACUCAAGAAAACACCCAAAUAUUCUAUCAAUCAACAGAUGGAAAUGAGAUAAAUGGCUUGACUUAGACUCAAAAGCUAAAUCUCAAUAGAUAACUCAAUGAAGAGGACGAUGAUGAAUUAAUUGAAAUAAGACCUGAUUUCCAAACUUUCGUAGGUCAAGGUGAUUAUAAUCAUCUGAAUUUAUUCAGAGACUAUUCGAGAGAUUCUUCAAACUCAUUUGGCUUAGAGCCAAACUUUAUAGAUUACAAUUAAUCCCUUCAGUCCCUAGAAAACGUCAAAGACUCAACUUAAAACAACUCCCCUAUUAAUAAUCUCCGUAAAAUAAACCAUAACAGUGGGAAAAAAUAGGAAAUAUUUAUCCAAGAUGACUUAGAAAUGGAGCCAAAUAGUGUUAUUAAUGAUACCAAAGUUAUUAACUAUAGCCAAGCCUAAUUUAAUACAACCUAUAUGAUUUAAUAGUCUAAAAUUCCUAUUGAGGAAAUAAUGAAACGUAGAAGACUCAGAGAAAUUUUAACUUCCAAUUACUAUGAACUAUAAAUCAGUAAAUCUUAAAAUUUCUCCAUUGAUGAUGGACAGCUUGUAAACAGCUAAUAGCAAGACUAACUCUACUAAAUGCAAAAUGAUAUCAUUGAAGACUUGAUAAUGAGGAAGGAUUAAAAUUAUUACGUUCAGUCAUUAUAGUAAAAAUAAUAUAUGAAGAAAACAAAAGUUCAUAACAAUAAUAAUAGCAGUACUACUACACCAUAAAGGUAAAGCAGAAUAGACAAGAUUUAAAAAUUGCCAGUUGAACUGUCAGAUAAUGAUAAUAUUUAAGAAAACAUUGAAUCUGAGGGAAAUACUCCUUUGAAUAUCAAGAAACCUAAAAAAUAGCUAUCAUAUAAUUAAUUUGACUCAGACUAAAGCUUGACUAUGUAUGAUGUAAGAUUUUCAAGCAGUGCAAAUGGGAAUCCAAAUGAAAACAUAGUAUCUAAUCGUAUUAAUGGGUAAGAUGAUGAAUCCCAAAUGAAACCAAUCAUUGAAGAGGAUGAAGAAGACAAUCUCCUGAGUUCACUAAAUAACGGAAGCGACUAAAAUAUUAUGAUAAAAGGAUCAAGCUAGAGAAGCGCUAGAUAAUAAAAUAAACCUAAGAAAUUCACUAGACAUCAUGGUGAAGAUAGCAUAGAUGACGACUAAUAUAAUCAGGAUGUUGAAAUUAAUGAUGAAGAUGAUUAUAAAACUGAAGAGACUUAAGAAAAUCAAGACAUUUCAGCUAAUUUCGUAAAUCAUACAUCAUUUCUUUCAAAGAGAAGUGAUCUAUCGAAUCAGACUACUAUCAUGAGAAAAACAAAUGAUUCUGCUGAUUAAUCAAUUAACCAGUAUGAUGAAAAGGUAAACUCGAGUGAGAUACAAGAUGAGAAGCCAGUUUCAGGUUCAAGGAGCCAAUUGAUAGUGGUAGAUCAGUUAAAUCCCUAAGAUUAAAUGAAGUAAAGCCCAGAAAUAAAUAUUAUGCAUACUAAUGAGGAUAUUUCUAGCAGCUCAAUGGUCUAGAUUUUCAAUAGGAAUUUGCAAAAUGCUGAGAUAAGAGUAAGUAGAACAAAGACAGUGCAAGUAUACAGAGAUAGCAAUCUCUAAGAUACCUACAGAAUUAAUAAAGAACCAACUAAAUAUAACCCUGAUUACAGCGAAAUGCAAAUGGAAGAGCUUAAUAAAUCCAUUGUUUUCAUGCUAAGGCCAUCAAAUAUGAAGAAGAGCGUCAAGCAGAUUUUUGGCAAGAACAUUUAGCACAUCGAUUUGGAGAGAUUUAAGUCCUAUGCAGAUGAAUAAUUAGAAGAUGAACAUACAGGCUUCGAUGAUAAGCUAAAUAUUUAUCAAUCAAGACCUAUUUCUGUAAUCAAAAGUAGAGACUUCUAAACCCCAGCAACACAUCAUAAUCAUAAAGUUUACUUCGAAGAAGAACCAGAAAUUAAGGCUAAAGAUAAUUCUAAAAACUAAUAGUUUGUAGCUAAAUCUAUGAACAUUACGUAAUCAUUCACUGAUAUGUUUCAAAGUACUCCCAAUCUCCAAAGCCUACUUUUCUAAACCAAAAAGAGGCCAUCGCUUAAUAAUAUUGAGGAUUUAUCUCUACUUGAUUAGUUAGAGAGUCAUCAAAAUUAUCAGAAGUAAAAAUUGAAAACUACCAAAUUCUUUGAAGAAUUUCUGAUAAUAGGUCUGGACUAAGAAUCUCUUGAUCUGAUUGAAAAUAAAGAUGACCGUUAAGUACCUAAAACUCUUUAUAACUAUCCUUAACAAAUUGAACAAGAUCAUGUACUUAGCGAAAGAGCUAGAGUAGUGAAAGAUUUCUGUUUUCCUAAUGGAGUAUCAGUUUUUAAAUUAGACUACAAUGAGAAGGAUGAAUUCUAAAGUAAUCCAGAGGUAUCUGAGAUCAUUCAAGACAUUCUCUAUAGAUAAAAGAAUUAUAGGGAAAAUACUCAUAUAUUUACACUAGAUGCAAAUGAAGAAGUAGGAGAAGCAGGAGAUAAUUAUAUGAAUUGUAUGUGUGUCAUCUUUGAUGAACUAAUGAGAAGAAAAAGCGAUGGUUAAUUGUUUCUUGUUAAAAAAUCCUAUUGCUUUAUGUUUAGCAACUAUUACUUCCCCCUUCAUUUAGAAGUGCUCAGUGGUUUGCUCUAGAGUAUCAAAUUAGAGAGAUUCAAGCAGCCAUCAGACUUUUAUGAAUCUGGAUAGAUGUCAAUUAUGCGAGAGAUCGAGUCAUCUUUAAGAGUUCCUUUAGUUACUGAUGAAAUUGAGAAUAUCUUAUUGUAGUACUACCAAAUGGAAGAUAUAUCUAAAGAAAUCCCUCAAUAAAAACAGAUCUGCUUAGAGAUAAAAAACAAUCUUGGCGAUAUCAAAUAUACUUUCCCCUAAUCAAUAGACGAAUUCCAGAAGCUUGACUGCAUGUGGUUCUGUCCUACUAUUUUUUCUUUAUUUUUCAUUGAAGACUUCUAUAGAAUCCUCACUGCUGUUCUUUUAGAGAGAUCAUUAAUUUUUGUGUCAGACAACUUAACUAUUCUUUCUUCAGUUGUAUUAGGAUUUAAAUCCUUGAUCAAGCCAUUCCAAUGGUGUUACGCUUUAAUCCCUGUUUUGCCAUCUCCCUUGAUAGAUAUUUUAGAUACACCUCAGCCAAUUCUAGUGGGCAUUUCGAGGGAAGAUUACAAUAUGAUACAGCUGUCUGAAGAAGAAAUGAAAACAAAGACUUGGAUUUUCCUAGACGAGCAAACUAUCACAGUGAAUUGGGGUGAAUAUGAUGAAGAUCUAGCGUAUGAAUCUAAGAAGAGAACUAAUUUGAUGAAAUGGUGUAAAUAACUGAUAAAGGAUACUGAAGAGUAUUUCGCCAAAUUUAUAGUAAAUCAGCAUAAUAGCUUCGAUCCUUACAAGCUAGGCGUUUAAAAUCCUAGAAUAAGUAAUCACUCAAGCAGAGAAAAGGCAGGCUAGAUAACUAGAUAAACUCUGACUCCUAUUGAAGACUACAAUAAUAGUGUGGUGUUAGCUCCAAACGAUAUUUAAAAGAAAGCAUGCAAAAAUAUCUUUUCUAAGAUAUAAGAGUGCAUUAAUAAUAAGAUACUUAGAAACACACCCGGCAAACCAUAGUAUAAAUAGCAUAGAAAAGACAGAGAGGUAAUUACAUCAUAGCUAAUAUUUUUAGGUUGA